UUAUGGAGUUGGCGUUCUGUACAGAGUUGUCAAUUCCUUUUCCAAUGGGCGUAGUUAAAUACCUUCUCACCAUUAUUUUGAUUUACGCUAAAUGGAUACGGUUUCAUUAGUUGUUUGCUAAAUCGAAAAGCCGAAUCCCCAAUAAUGAAUACUGGCACAUUUACGCCUGAAAUUUCUCUAGACAUUGCGCUUAGUAAAGGACAACUAUCCAUUUCUUUUUUAAGUGAUGACGUCUCAUACGACUUCCUACGUUUAUCAAGCACUUCAUUGCUUAAUACACCCCCAAUACUCUAUGUGCCUGAAAGGAACUGGAGAAUACCGGAAACCGAACCUGUUGGCCAAAUUAUUACUAGAAUACGUGCUGAAGAUCCAGAAAACGAUGACAUGGUUUUUGGCCUUGAACCACAUUUUCUAUCUAAUUUUAACAAUAAUAAUGAUAAGGAAAAUUUACCUUUUCGUAUAGAUUCAGUCAGAGGAAUAGUUUACUUGAACGAAAGUUUGAUUGGGAGAGGUGGCGAAAACUUUUUUCUAUAUAUCACUGUAACAGAUGGAGACUUAACUGCUAAAAAUGAAGUAUUUGUUAACAUCCUCGCUAAGGAGAACGAUACCUCGUCUAAUUUUCGCGCGCCGCCAUCAGUUACGAAUGUUGUACAAAAUAUUUCUCAAAUACUACCACCUUUUGACACCUUACCAGGAGUACAGUCAGUACGAAAUAAAUAUUCGAAAGAACGUCCAACCAAUCACAUACCUUUAAAUUUCGAUUCCAAUCAAGGUUUAUUUGAACUAAAUCAUAAGCAUAAAUUUCUACGCCCGCUUAAUAGCAAUAACAAUGAACAAACACGACCAACAGGUCGUUUGAAAUUGACGCCAAUAACUACUAUACAACAUGAAUACAAACACAAUCAAAACGACUCAAUUUUACAUUUAAAUAAAACUCAAUCUGCCAUCACUGUCAAUGAUGAUUCCAUAAAAAUAUUAAAAGAUAAGAUCUCAUACGAUGAAAGUUUGAGUACUAAUUAUUCGACAAAAACAAUCGUGCUUCCAAUUAUAUUUACUUCUUCAUGCAUAUUUUUGGUAGCUAUUGUCAUUUUUGGUUUUCUAUAUCGAAAACAUUUGUGCGCCAUUAGUAAAAAAUUAAAAAAAAAAUCUAAAGAGGAAAUGUUUAAGAAAUCUAAUCAAGACAAUCUAAGUAACAAUUUAGCUGACAAUGGCAGAAAUUCAAUGGUAAUGCAACAUUGGAAUGGCCCUACUGCCUACAACAAUCGCUACGUGCCAUGGGAGAGAGAUCCUCAACAGAAUGGAUUGGUAACAUCACAACUGUCGUCAAAUGCCACCAACGGAGCUAUACACGAUGACGAUACUAAUGUGACAAAUAACAUUAAUGAACUACAAAGUAUUACUGAUAAUGUUAUUGGUUUUUCGAUAAAUGCCUCCCAAAAUGCAGUUGAUAACUCAACCUUUAAUAUGAAUGGCAAAUGUUGUUGGGAGUUCCCGAGGCACCGACUUAAAUUCUUCAAUAUUUUGGGUGAAGGUGCAUUUGGUCAAGUUUGGCGUUGUGAAGCAAACGACAUUGAUGGUAUAGAAGGGGUUACAACUGUGGCUGUGAAAACUUUAAAGGAAAACGCUACUGAAAGCGAAAAGAAGGACCUUAUGACUGAAAUUGAGGUAAUGAAGUCACUUGAACCUCAUAUCAAUGUUGUCCGAUUACUUGCAUGUUGCACCGACAAGGACCCGCUAUUUGUGAUUAUUGAAUUUGUGAAUCGAGGUAAAUUACAAAGUUACCUUAGAAAUUCACGUGCUGAAAUGCACUAUGGGAAUACUCAUGGAAAAUCUAAAACUUUGACCUCGGGUGACUUAACUUCUUUUAUGUAUCAAGUAGCCAAAGGUAUGGAUUACUUAACUUCUCGAGGGAUAAUUCAUAGAGACUUGGCAGCAAGGAAUAUUCUGAUUACUGAUGAACACACUUGUAAAGUUGCAGAUUUUGGAUUUGCUCGAGACGUUGUGACAUCAAAAAUUUAUGAGAGAAAAAGUGAAGGGAAACUCCCAAUACGGUAAAUAAAAAAUAUAAUUAUAAUAAUUCAGGUAUUUGCAGGAAAUAUUAAUGGAGAAGAAUUGGAAAUGUCAAUACAUAACCAAAUAAUAAAAAUAACGAAAAGAAUGAAUGACUUGUGAGUGAGUGAUAACCUGAGAAAACACGAGUGAUAACUUGAGAAUAAUUUGAAGCUUGAUAACUAUAUCGCCUUUUUGAAUCGGAAAAUUGUCACAAAAACGAGUUUCUUCAUAUACGAUAUAAGAAGUAAUUUUAAAAUUAUGUUCAGUAUAUUAGAGCUGCAUUCGUAAAUCGGUUAAUAACUUUUUUAGCUAUGAAACCGAACAUAACAGUGCGCAGGGCUAGGCCUCUGUUCAAUAUUUUGCUACGUUUCCUUUAACAGACGGAUAAACAGCAUUCGCAGCAUUAAAUAUGUAUAAUAUUAUACCAAUGUUACUUGCUUAUUUACAGAAAUUAAUAAUAAUAAUUAAGUUAGUUUUGUAUUACAGUGCUUAUUGCUGUACUUUUUAUACUCUCGCAACAUGUUGCUACAUACAUAUGUAAGUAUAAUAUUAUAGAUUGGUUCACCUAACAGUUUUUUGUAUCACCUAAGCUUA